GAUGAAACUAAAACUUAUUGUGAUAAACAGAAACAGCAACUCUUACAAACAUCUGUCGUUGCCGUUACAGAAAAGAAAGGAACACAACUCGCUGAAGAAGAGGAGAGAAAGGCAGAGCAAGUUGCAGAAGAGGACGGAGAGAAACUCUAGCUCUCUGCUAUUUUUAGGGAGCCUGAUUGGUAUUCAAUGCCUGUAUUCUCCCUGGGAUUUUAAAUGAACUAAGUUAAUGUCUGUGGGAGUGAAUGGUACUUUGAGAGGGGCUGUCUCGGUACCCUCUUCAAUUCCCCCUUUCUUCCGCUCUCAGCUGUCUCCCUCUGCAGACUUAGCCGUGGCUGUUUUCCUCAUCACCACAGGUGUGGUGUCCGUGGUGGGUAAUGGUGUGGUUUUGCUGGUUUUUGGGCGAAAGAGAAAGAAGCUCAGGCCCCACGAGCUGAUGACCAUAAACCUGGCGGUGUGUGAUUUUGGCUACAGUCUCCUUGGCGCACCCUUUCCUAUUACUUCCAGCCUGUCUCAUGCCUGGGUGUUUGGUCAGACCGGGUGUCUGUUCUACGGGGUGCAAGGCUUUGUGUUUGGCAUCGGCUCCCUGCUCACCACCUGCCUUAUCUCUCUGGACCGCGCGUUCAAGAUCUGCAGCAUCCAGUACGGUCAGUGGAUUGAGAGGAGACAUGCAUCUCUGUCCAUUGUGCUGGUGUGGAUCUACACCAUAUUCUGGGGAUUACUUCCUGUUUUUGGUUUCGGUAGCUAUGGGCCAGAACCAUAUGCCACAAGCUGCACAAUUAACUGGUGGAGUAUGAAGUCAUCUCUCAAUGACAGGAUCUACAUCUUUCUCAUCAUGUCCCUCUGUUUCGGAGUGCCCACCUUCAUCAUCAUCACCUCCUACAUCGCCAUCAUGGUGACGGUUUAUCGUUCUAGUCGUACCUUGGCAUCCAUUCCAUCUUCAACUGUCACACACAGCAGCAAAGAAUUGAGACUCACAAAGAUUGCUGCAGUGGUCUGCUCAUCUUUUCUCGUGGCCUGGAUGCCGUACGCUAUCGUUUCUCUCUACUCUGCACUGACGGCCAAGGAGGAACCAGGAGAGUAUGUAGGAAUCCUGACAGCUGAAGCCGGGCCAACAGGGCAAGCAACCCCCAAGCUGGCCGAUUUCCUCGCUUUUCCGUCUCUCCUCAACUGGACAUCCGUGGAAAAUGACACCACUAUCUAUGAGACUCUGGAUAUGUGGAGUAACAGUACACUGCAAACCAACUUCAGGCCGGACUCCAACCCGGUGUCUUCAGCGGGUUCUGGUUCAGUCGUUGGGACCCAGAGCACUCGGGCCGUAUCCAGCCUGCCCCCGGAGGUGACAUUGAUCCCAGCUAUGUUCGCCAAGUCGCACUGCAUGGUCAACCCCUUCAUCUACCAGAUCAUGAACCACGAGUUCAGGGCAAACGUGUACAACAUUUUCUGUGGGAGAGACUUGGAUAGAGAGAUGACAAGCCGAAGAGGAAGAGAGGGGAGUGACUCCGAAGGUCACCGCAGCAGCAUCAGCCUAUCGUACUGCCACAGCUGGAGGAAGAGCUGUUCAAACACUCCGACUCAGGGAGAGCGCGGGAAGAAGAAGCACCAGAACCCGGGCAGCGAUAAGGGCCACCGCAGCUCCUGGCACGGGGGCAGCGGGGGCAGCGACUGGGCCUCCCUGGACGCAGCCGCUCUGGACACCCAGAUCAACAUAGAGAGGGAGAAAGGGAGCGAGAAGGGGCAGGGAGAGUCCACCUCCAGCAGUCUGUUAACUUGUGAAGACUGAGGGCACGAGAAUGGUAAUGGAGAAAUGGCCGUCAAAAAUAUAUAUUUAUUCUUAUAUGAAGAUCUUUAUGAAGAAGUGUAUAUUUUAAUGAAUCUUGUUUAUUUGUAAUUGAUUUAGAAUGUGUACUUAACAUUAAAAAGGUGUUCACUUGGCCAUUCCUCACUUAUGAUGCUCUACGUGCAUUGAGCUGUUUCAUUUACAUAUUCAUAUUUGACUAGAUGGCUAUUUAGGUGAAUAAGUAGCCUAUAUCUAGAACUGGACAGACAGCCUUUAACACACUGUGUAGCUCUUAUGGACAUCUUCCAUUGACUAUCAUCCAGUGACAACUAGCAAAAGCAUGCUGUCUAUGUUAACCUUGAACACUAGACACCUUUGUCCUGUUGAUGCCAACUGUCCUGAUUUGAUUUACAGAAUGAUGCCAUGACCCUCCAUUUAGAGGCAUACUAUUAGAUGUGACCCUGUAUGUUUUUGUUGAAAGUCAGUGAAAGUGUCAGUGAAAUCAUUGUACUGUAUUUAAUUAUUGGUCCUGGAUGCAGUUUUCAGAAUGAAACUUUAAUUAGACCUGACAGUAUUACAACAGCAG